AUGGACUACGACAGGCUGAACUCCCCGAGCACGUCGGCGAUCACGCUGGAACUGAUGGGCCACCGCCUGCAUAUUUCUCAGGACCCCAAUUCGAAGCACCUCGGCACGACGGUAUGGGACGCGUCGAUGGUGUUCGCAAAAUUCCUGGAAAAGAAUAGCAGGAAAGGUAGGUUUUGUCCAUCCAAGCUGAAAGGGAAAAGGGCGAUCGAGUUAGGAGCUGGUUGUGGUCUAGCCGGGCUUGGUAUGGCAUUGCUUGGUUGUGACGUUGUUACAACUGACCAGGUUGAGGUGCUCCCGCUGCUCAUGAGGAAUGUUGAACGCAAUAAAUCGUGGAUUGCGCAGUCUAAUCCCGACUCAGGUUCCUUUGGCUCAGUUACGGUUGCAGAAUUGGAUUGGGGGAAUAAAGAACAUAUCAGAGCCGUUGAGCCUCCAUUCGAUUACAUCAUUGGGACUGAUGUUGUAAGCUUUCUGACGCAGCACUUGUGUUUGGUUUAUUCAGAACAUCUAUUGCAACCUCUACUGGAGACAAUUAUUGCACUAUCUGGUCCUAAGACGAAAGUACUGCUAGGAUACGAGAUCCGUUCCACCACUGUCCAUGAGCAGAUGAUGGAGAUGUGGAAAAUCAACUUUAAUGUGAAAACUGUAUCCAAGUCAAAGAUGGAUGCUAAAUAUCAACAUCCUAGCAUAAAUCUUUACAUGAUGGACCUAAAGGCUUCAUCAGUCCCUGAGGCCGGACCCAACGGCAAUGGGAACACCGAGGAGGAGGAUGACGAUGCCUCCAACCCAGGAGAAGACGAAGAUCCAGGAGUGAAGACUGAACCUUGUACGGCUUCAAAAGAAGACAUGGACGACUGGGAAAUCAGAAGGUCCGGGGCCAUGGCUGCAAGACUUCUCAAGGAUGUCAGGUUAACAUGA